AUGGGUCCCACACUUAAUAUACCCCUUACGUCUACUCCGGGACAUGCUGAUGGUGAAAGGACCAUACCUGUUAGAAGUACACCUCAACGUAGCUCUACCAGACCAUCAAGAUUGUCUUGGGAACCAUUAAACAUAAUAAGUGAGACCUUUGAUGGUGAUUCCUUUCGAUAUUGGCCAUUCAUAAGAAGUUUUCGGGCUAUAGUGGAUACAAAGAAUAUAGACUCGGCAUCAAAACUGUUGUGUUUGAUGCAAUACUGUAAAGGUAAUGCCAGGAGGAUACUUAAUUGCUGUGAGACUAUGGAUCCAGAAGAUGGAUAUGUUCAAGCACUGAAAAUUUUAGAAGAAAGAUAUGGAAAUAAUUAUGAAAUUUCACAGAAGUGGAUACAGAUUGUAAACAGACCUAAUGUAAAGGGACCCUCCGAGCUUAGAGAUUUUGCUGAUGACCUCAAGUGCUGUUAUCAGACUUUAAAGAACAUGGGUCAUGAGAAAGAGUUGGACAAUGCAGCUAGUUUACAGGCCAUCUGGAGGAAAUUACCGCAGUACUUGCAAGAUGGAUGGUCUCAUGAAAAUCAUAUUAUAAAGAAAGAUCAGAAGCGAGUACCCAAGUUGAAGGACCUGGUCGACUUCAUUAUUGAUGGAACAGAAGAAGCUAAUGACCCCAUAUUUUCUAGAGUUUCUUUCAGUGAGCUCAGAAGGGAUAAAGAAAUCAGUCGUAAGGGAGCUGAGAAGAAGAGAAUUGGAAGCUUUGCUGUGAAAGCCAGCUCAGUGAACAAGCAGUCAGUUACAUCUGAAAAUAGAACACAGAAUUCUAACGGCUGCCCUUGCUGUGGACAAGAACAUUAUAUGACCCAGUGUUUACGAUUGAAAGCCAUGAAGAUUAAAGAUCGUAGGAAUGGAUGUGGCCUCAAACACAACAAGUUUCUUCAUAUGCCAACUAGACUGCAGGUUGGUCAUGUGGACAACACAGUUCCAGUAGCAGAUCAGAAUAUAUCAACCACAUCAUCAUCAAUCACAACAAAUCAGAGCAGCCAUUAUGUUCGUACAUGUGGAGGUAAACUUGCUAUGCCUAUUGUACUUGCAAGAGUGUGGUGUCCAGGCUCUGAUAUCUUCAUUGACACAUGCUAUGCUUGA